AUGUCACAGUCAUUAAAUUUAGCCAUUGUUGGUACAGGUAUAUUUGCAACCGAUACUCAUUUACCAACUAUACAAAAGAUACAAAAUUUAACACCAGUUGCAACUUAUAAUAGAACCAAAUCAAAAGCUGAAGCUUUUGCUGAGAAAGCAGAAAUACCGAAAGAUAAAGUUUAUGAUUCAUUAGAUGAGAUUUUCAAAGAUCCAAAAGUAGAUUUUGUUGAUGCUUUAUUACCUGUACAAUUUAACUUAGAUGCUGUUAAAUUAGCAAUUGCCAAUAAUAGACCAAUAUGUUUUGAAAAACCAAUAGCUGCUAAUUUGGAACAAGCUAAAGAAAUUGUUGAACUUAGCAAAAAAACUGAUUUACCAAUUGCAGUAUUAGAAAAUUGGUCAUUUUUAAAAGCUAUUAAAAUCUUAAAGAAUGAUAUUUUACCUCAAAUAGGUGAUAUUAUUGGGUUUACUUAUAAUGCAACAGGACCAUGGAAUGAUAACAACAAGUAUUUGGCAACUGGAUGGAGAUUAAAACCAGAACAUAUUGGUGGGUUCUUAAGUGAUGGUGGAGUACAUCAAUUAGCUUUAUUAACUGAUGUCUUGGGCGAUGUCGAAUCAAUCAGUGGAUUAACUAAGCAAGUAAGAGAACAAAGUGGUACUGAUGAUAUAUUAUUUUCUACAAUGAAUUUGAAAAGCGGAGUUAUAGGUACUUUUACAUAUGGUUCUGCAUUUGGUGCAACGGAUAAAUCUACGAGUUUUACUAUAUUUGGAACUAAUGGAUCUGUGGUUUAUGACUGGUCACCAUCUUUGAACAAACCAACUAUAACUUAUCAAACUGGAACUAGUGGACAAACUAAAAGUGAUAAACAAGUAAUUGAAAUAGACGAAGUAAACACAUUCGAAGAGGAAUUUAAAAACUUUGCGGAAGCUGUUUCCAAAAAAGACAAAAGUUUGAUUGUUGUACCACCAGCUAAAGCUUUCCAUCAUUUAGCUAUUGUCGCUGCUGCUUUAGAGUCUUCUGCUAAUGGAGGUUCAAAUGUUAAAGUAGAAUUAGCUUAG